AUGCGGGGCCUGCGGCACGUGCAGCAACUGGCCGACGCGCACGAGCUGCCGCGCGUGCGGACGGCUGCGGACAAGACGAAAGAGGGAGUGGGCAAGGCCAAGACGGAGCUCGAGGUGCUGUUGGGGAAGCGUAAGUGCCUCCAGGAGUUCCCUGUCAUCGAGGGUGAAGACCCACCGACGUAUGUCACCGAGGAGAUUGCGCAGCUGGACAGGGACAUCGCGAAGGCUCGCAACCUCAGGGACCAGGCGAAGCCGCUCGCCAUCCAGAUGCGGGAGGCUCAGGCUCUCUCAGCCAAGCGUACGCCUCAGGAGGAGGUGCUCGCACGUCAGGCCGAGAAGCUGCAGAAGGAGCUGCUCGCGGCGCAGAAGGCAGUGCAGGAGGCGCGCCAGGCGAAGGCCGAGGCCAAGGCCAACGAGCUCGCUCUGCAGGCCAAGAUCGCGGCGCAGCAGCCUGCGGCCCCAGCGUCCGACCUCGAUGUCUGGCGCGUCCAGCUCGAGGCGAUGGUCACCAAGGCGGGUCUGGGCCAAGCUGUGGUCGAGCAUCUACGGCGGCAGCAGCGGGUCCCUGGCUGGGCAGGCAGUCAGUGGACCGCCGAGGGGUGGAUCCCGCUGUCCGAGGGCAGCGAGAGGGAGUGUGACGCCGAGGUGAAUACCACGGGCGUUGGCUGGGCAGGGUACGCGCGGAUCCUCCAGGAUCCGAAGGAGAGGCGCCUGCUGAUCCCACAGCCGAUCGAGGUCGGCAGGAGAAAGGACAUCACCCUGUGGACCUUCAACGGCUCCAGCUGGGGUACGAUCAAAGAGAAGUUGCUCGAGGUGAAGGGCGAGAACGGUGGGAGGCGACGGGCACGGCACGUCUACGUCUUCCAGGAACAUCGGCUGCUGGAUGAGGCGUGGGCUGGAGUUACAGGCAGCAUGAGGGCAUGCGGAUAUCAGAUCGGAGGUACCACAGCCGUUCCCACAAUCGGGCGUGAAGGCGAACCAGGUACCUCGGCGGGCGUAGGCUUUGCAGUGCCGAAGGACAUGGGCAUGACUUAUCCCUUUGGCCAAGCCAAGUGGGACGCCUCGCCCAAGGGCUCGGCUGGACGGGCUGCGAUUGCCUGGAUAGCAGCGGGGCGGGGAGGCAUGCUGAUCGCGACGGUCUACCUGUGGACGGCCGAGGGCCUGUCCAACCGCAACGUUGCCAUUGUUACGAAGGUUGUGGAGAUUAUGGAGAGCUUGGGCAUGCCAUGGGUGAUAGGCGGCGAUUUCCAGAACCCACCUGGCGUCCUGGCAGAGGUGAAGGCCAUCAAGCAGGCGGAGGCCAUGCUAGUGGCGCCCACGACGGUGUGCGGGACGUGCCGCACAGCUGGAGGUAGCUCGACCAUCGACUAUUUCGUGGUGUCCAAGGGCUUGCGUGACAAGGUGGUCAAGGUCGUGCUGCAGGAAGGGUGGCCGUCGGCGCCACACAAGCCAGUCGGCCUCACCCUGGAUUUGAGCGUCCAGGUGAAGCGUACCAGGACCCUGCAGAAGCCGAAGGAUCUGGACGAGGUCAUCAUUGGUUGCGCCCCUGAGCCACCGGUUUACGACAAGGUGGGGGCUUUCGAGUCGGUGGAUACUGCCACCAGGUACUGGAGCCACUUCAUGCAGAAGCUGGAGCGUGAGGUCAAGCAGGGUGGUCGUAACCUGCCGAAGCCGACAGGGGCGGCGCUCUGGUGGAGGUGGCUUGCGAGGACCUUGGGCAACCUGAGGGGCGCCUACGACCGUCUGCACUCGAAGACGGUUAACGCUGGCCCCAUCACCCAGAGGCUGGUCGAUGUUCUUGCGCAGGAGAGGCUGUUCAACCUCAGCGGCACGGCUCGCAACAUGAGGAUGGUGGACCAGGCCGAUCGGGUGCUCUGGGCUGCGAGGUGUCAGGUGAUCGCGGAAGGGCUGUGGCGCGGGGCCGACAAGCAGCACAUCCUGAAGGCGCUGCUGGAGGAGGCGAGAGGCAAGUCCAAGCGCUUCGACCAGGAGUUGGUCAACGAGAGGAGGAAAGAGUGGGCAGCCAAGCUGGAGUCGGCGGCGAAGGGUGCGGCAGGCGGCCUUCACAGGCUUUGCAAGCCAGCUGAGGUCUGGCGACCACGGCGGGCGGCAUCUGCUGCUCAUUCCGCCGACCCAUUGCAGGCUGCUCAGUACGCGCUAGAUGAGUGGAACAAAAUCUGGCGAGUGGGAGAAGAAGUGCAGACAGCUCCCUGGCCCUGGGAGUUGGAGACACGCAUGGAGCUGAACGACUUCAACGACGGGGACUUCGAUCGGCUGAAGAAGGUCGCUCGCAGUUUCAAGAAGAAGACGGCGAUAGGGUCAGACAGAUGGCACCCGUCUAUGUUGCAGGGCGCCUCGGACGACGCGCACUGGACAUUGCUCGCCAUCCUGCGGGAGGUAGAGAAGACCCUUGUCUGGCCAUCGCACGCGGCUACGAUCGUUUUCUUCCUCAUCCCCAAGAAUGAGCUGGUCGACCGUGCCAUCGGCCCCCUGCCCACCCUGGUGAGGGUCUGGGAGAUCCUGAGGGAGCCGUACUUGCAGGCGUGGGCGAGGGAGAAUCACAUGUCGUGGGACUGCACAUCCUACGGGCGCGCAGCUGAGGACGCGGCUUGGGAGGUUCUGUUGGCUCACGAAGCGGACGCACCUGGGGACGCUGAUCCUGCAGCCACUGCCACGAUCACGGCGAUCCUGGACCUGGUGAAGGCCUUCGAGAGGGUGAGUUUGCACGUCCUGUUGGAGCGGGGCAAACGCAUGGGCUUUCACACAGGCGUUCUGGCGGUGGUCUGCUCCUGUUUUGCCAUGAUGCGGCGUGUCAGCACGGGGGACGCGGUGUCGCUCGAGACGCGCAGGGUGUGCACCAUCAUUGCAGGCAGCAAGUUCUCGGUGGGUUUCCUUAAGAUGGUGAUUCAGGAUACGGUCGACGGUUUGGUGGUUGAGCAUCCGCUGGCGACGUGGCGUAUGUACGUCGAUGACCUCAGCAUCAGGCAGAGGGGUACGCAGCAGUGGGUGGCAGAUGUCUUCCCGCUGGCGAUCGACGACAGCAUUGCGAGCUUUGCUGAGCUGGGCCUGGAGUUCUCCGUGAGCGCAAAGGGGCAAGGGCGCGGCAUGGGAUUGGUGUACAAGUGUGGGCUGAAGCGGUCGGUGUCGCAUGGGUGCAAGUGCUUGGGCAUGCCAGAACACCAGCUUCAGCAAGUUCGGCGCGCCGCAGGCAAACUUCUCCCAGGGUCGAGGGGGGCGAAGAGCCUCACGCUGCAGUUGGCCCUCGCGAAGGAGGAGCCCACAUACGAGGUCACGGCUGCUCCUGUGGUUCGUUGGUCACGCGCCGCGUGGGAGCUCACGGUGGGUGAAGAAGCGGCGAGAGCAGCGCAGUGGGAGGCCCAGCAGGGGCAGCAUGAACGACCUGAUCAACAAUGCACAGGGCCAGAGGCUGGUGUGCAGACCCUCACUCACCCCCACACCAAAGGCACCUUGCUCGCAGGGAGAGGUGCUGUAGGUGAUGUCGCUGCUCUGGAUGAAGCACUCGGUGUCUGGACGGCGCUGUGGAUCACCGACCUUCGCGGGGUGGACUACCAAGACGUCGACGACUGGCUUGAGUGGGCGACUGUGCUUGUGGGGGUGAGGUACGAGGGGGCCUCGCAGGCUGAUAUCGUAGCUACUUGCAGACGAUCGUGGGCUCGGGCACGAUGGAGACGAGCGGCGGCGAUCAGGUACAUCAAUGACCUGGACUACGUGGACCGAGUGGAGAUGCUGAAGCAAUACAGGUACGAGCGUGGCGCGGUGCAGCAGGUACUCCGACGGCUGCUCGGUGACAAGCUGCGACGCGUUCCUGACGAUGGAGAGCGGCAGCUGGAAGCGGGCAGCGGGUACCACAACAUCGGCAGCCUCGGCGAGUUGCUGGAUCUCGUCGUGCAGGCGGGACGGCAAUUGGUCAUCUCGGAGGAGCGUGUCAGCGGACGACGGCGGGACCUCAGCGAGCGUGAGGACCUGCAGGCGCAAUUCCAGAGGGCGUGGGAGCAGCAGCCAAUCGCAGUGGGCAUGCAGCCGCAGUGGGGGCGUGUCAAAGGCCCCGCAGGUACUGUCAUCAUGUCCAUACGCAGAGCGGGCUGGAAGUGGCCGAAGUGGCACAUGUUCCUGGUGCGCAAUGGGGAACAGCUCAACCUUUUGGAGACCUGCCCCAAUGACGUCGGGAUGUUAUUGCAGCAGGACCUGGAGGCACAGCUGUGGGCGCAGUGGACAGCAGAGCCUGGGCACGAGAGCUUGACGCCAGCACCGUUCUUGCAGCCCGCUAGGGCGGUGUUGGGGGCCAGGAACUUACCGAAGCAUGCGAAGAAUGCAGCGAGGAAGGUGCUCAUAGGCGACUCCUGGACCAUGAGUAAGCUCUGUAAGCACAACAUCACGCCGAUGGACAUCUGUUUGGCGUGUGGCGAGGGCGUGGGCACGCCACACCACAGGUAUUUCGUGUGCCCCAAGCUGCGGGACGUGCGGAACAAGGGGAAGGCAGACUGGCAGCACGUGGCGGAGCAGUACCAUUUCGUGGUGAACGAGGGCUCCGAUGCUCACCUCACGGGAGACAUCGUUUGCGACGGGUUGAAGAUGUGUGCGCCAACUAUCCAGCUCUGGGGCCCAUUGUCGUGCCAAUACAGUGUGCAGAAGACCGUGAAGCGAGCGGAGAUGUGGGCCUUCCCCAAGGUUUUGGAGGUGGUGAUGCCACCAUGCAGGAUCCACACCGAUCACCAGGGGAUUAUCGACGGUCUGGCUCGAGGUGCUCGUUCGUGCCUUUCCUGGAAGCGGCCACACGCGGACUUGUGGCGUAGGAUAUGGCACAAGGUGGUCGAAGUUGGUUUGGACCGAAGCUGCGUGGGGCACGUCAAGGCGCACCGUUCGAAGGCCACGAUCAACAGGCUCGAGGAGGGCCAGCAGGCCAUCGCUAGGGGUAACGCUGCCGUGGACCUCCUGGCGAAGUGCGGUGCCGAGGACGACUACGGUUACGGCAGGCAGGAGGUGCUCGAUAAGCUCGGGGAGAAGAUCAAGUGGGCCAUCCAGAACGUCGGGUGGUGGCACCAGCAGCUGAACGGAGAGUGGCCUGAUGUCCCCCCACGGCCGCCUGGGCCCAGGCGCAGGCGGCAGCAGCAGCCACACAUCCAGCUGACGAAGCACGAGGUGGUGCAGCGUGGGCAGUGGCAGGUGUGUACGCGGUGUGGGAGGCGUGCAGCCACGGCACGCAUGAGGAAGAAGUUGUGGGAGGCGGAGUGCCGCCCACCUCCGUGGCGCAUGGUAGACGAGGUGUACGAGACAGCUGGCGCGGGCUCGCUCGAGGAGAGCGAGGUGCUGCUGAAUAUGCAGAGCCUGGUGGGGCUUCCCAGCUGGCAGCUGGGGGAGCUCGCGAGGCGAGGGGUGUGUUCGGGUGCUGACACCAAGCGGAAGCGGCGUGACAGGCUGCUGAAAGGUGAACAUCCGCAAACGGGGCGACCACUUCCCUGGAACCAGUACAGCGAGGGCGAGGUGGUGGUCUACGGCCAGGCGGUGGAGUGCGACCUUGAGGAGGGCCACGUCUGGGAGCACUGGUACCAGUGCGGCGUGGACUGA